AUCUGUAGUUCAGCUUACAGAACUAGCUGAGGAUUUAAAAUGCCGAAGUUGAAUCUGGAAUAUUGUUCUCGAUGGAUCGAAACUGAAUCGAUUAAUCGAGGGUAUUAUCUGAGAAGAGUACAGAUAGAAAUGAGGAAAUCACCUUUAAGUGCUCCAAGUGGUAGUGGGAGACGGGAAGGUUUCGGUUGGAAUUCUCGUGAAUCUUGCAACAGGACAGGUUAUGGUCGUGUUAAAAAUGACAACUACCAGUGUUUCACGCCAAACCAAAAUCAAAGCCCACAUCAGAAAGGUAGUGAUGAUUUUAUUCCUCUGGGAUUUAGCAGUCCACUAUGUUCUCAGCAAAGACGCAGUAAUGAUUGGUACGGCUCUGGCGGUGAUCGUAAUCAUCGAAACUCUGGAGGCUAUAACCGUUAUAAAAACAAUUUUCACGGGAGUUCCAAAUCAAAUCUAAGCUGUUCUCCCUCUCCUUACAAGAAUCAGUCUACACAACGACAUAACAAGAAUUUUCAGAAGGGUAUUCAUAGACAGAUAAAUAUAUCUACCUAUGUCAAUUUGGAAUCUUUCCUUGAGGAUCCGUGGGCAGAUUUAACAAAAAACUUGCAAAGUUUGGAGUCAGAUAACCAGUUGUCGGAGAAAUGUUCAGCAAAUGUGGGUAGUAAUUGUAGUGAUGUUGUAAGAACUGAUGCUUCUUAUAUACCGUUAAACCUUCCUGAAACAGAAUUGAAUCAGGAUAUGUCAACAGUAACAGAAGAAAAAAAUCAAAGUUGUACAAAAUUGAAUCCUGAAAGUAUAUAACAGAAGGAGUUGAUUGUUUUAUAGUGUAAUAUUGAUUUUCAUUAUGUAUUUUAUAUAAUACUCAUUUGUACAUAGGUAUUGCAAAGAUCAUACAUUUUUAUAAGAAUUCAGAGUAUUGAAGUUGUGUAUCAUUGUGGUCUUUAGGUACAAAAGAAAAGUUUUGGAUUUAAAUUGUUUCUGUAUGGAAACUGGUGUCUCGCAGAAUCAUAUCUAAUAAACAUAAGGCACACAACAGAAAAAAUUAUUUAUCAGAAUAUAUUUUCACAUCGAGGCUGUGAAAAAAAUGUUUGAUUUGUAUUUCUAACAUGACCGUGCAAUUUCUCUAAUAAUAUACAUGAAUGUAAUAUGUAUGUAUUACACGUGUAUAAAUAUAUAUAUAUAUAUAUUAUAGUAUAUGUAAUAUAGAAGUUAACAGUGGUAUCUAUGAUACGAGUAACAUAAAAUUUGAAUGUACUGGGUUCAGUGAAGAAUCUUAUCUAGACAAAGACUAGAUUAAUUUGCUUGUCACAUUUGAAUCGCAGAGUACCUAUUUACUAAAGUACCACUUUGCAUCUGAUUAUUAUAACAUGAGCAAUACCUAUCUGUCAUUUAAUUUUCAAUAAUUCGGCAAAGCAAUUAUAGCAUAACAAAUUUUAGUUUAUGUAAUUUCUUAAUUUUGUAAAGAAAAUUAACACGAAAUAUAGUCUUAGCAGUGCACACAACAAUAAAAUUAUUGAUAUAAAGAAAGAGUAAUCGUACUUAUUGUUUGUCAAACUAGUUAUUUAAAUACUUGAGCCAUUACUUCCCUAUUUAUAUUUUGCACACAACUCACUUUAAAUUAUUAAACAAUAAUUAAAAAAUAUACAAUAUCAGAACAAAUGUUCAGUCACUUUAAGCAAGUACAACGAAAUCUUUCACGUUAUUGCAUCUAAAAAAGGAUACAGGAAAAUCUAAAAUGUAAUAAAAUGUUACUUAAACGCCAUAAUAUUUUAAUAAAUUCAUUGGUACAUUAUAGCAAUCUAAUAAAGAGCGUUAAAUAUUCACCUGAACUCUUAGAAAAGUUUUAGUAUGCGGGAUAAGCUUUGUAUGAAAAAUGUUAUUAGAGAAAAAUUAACCAUUUCGAUAGUAAUGUAGUGUAUGAUACGAUACAUACGAUACAUCGGUUAAUUAUUUAAUAUCUAACGAAUUAAUGGCCAUUUUAAUUACGAUGUUGCGUCAUAAUUUAUAAGCUUGCAACAAGAAACGUCUAAAUUGGAAGGAAUCAUGCAAGUUUCUCUAAAUAUAGUGUAUAAAAAGAGUGUCUUUCGACUAUAUAGCUUGGUAUAUUUUUACUUGUAUAAUGAGCUUAUAGUUAUUCUUACAUUGACAGUUAGAGAGUAACGUCAUUACUCGAAUGCUGUACAAAAUAGAUCAGCAUUGAUCUUUAAAAUUGUAUUGACAUAGCCAUACCUUAUUUUUGAAAAUGGGAAUAUCACAAUGUGGAGUUCCAUGUCUUCUUCGGUAUAAUAUUUUUCACUGUGAAUCGAGUGAAUCAAUAAUAUCAAUAUCUUACAAACAAUUUUGACAAAUGUACGAGAAACAAAAAGAGAGAAUAAAAAAGUUAUUAUGUCGUUCUCAGUA